AUGUCUGCCGACUCGCUCCUCUCAAGCUUGGCCUCCAGCUACAAUCGAGUUUCACUUCAUCUGAGCUUCUUCGCCCGCGUCUAUCGCGCAUCUUGCGCAUCCGCUACUGUCAUGUCCUCCAAUUGGCACUCUCUGAUCGCUAGAGCGAUCGAUAUACCUUUGGAAGGCGACGACUCCCGAGUUGGUUCUACUCGAGAUGGAUCCAGCGGUGGCACUCUGAGUACAAACAACGCCUCCAAGUCUUCGUCGCUUCAGUCUCUUGGUGGUACCUUUAUACCCGUCGUCAUCUAUUGCGUCGUCUGUAUCAUAUUCUUCUCCAUUUUUCGCGUAAAAUGCAGUCGAGUCUAUGCGCCUCGGGCUAUACCCAGCCUACGAUCGCCUCACAAACACAUUCCGCCGCUCCCCACGGGUUGGUUCGACUGGGUGAAACCAUUCUUCAAGACUCCAGAUACUUUCGUGCUCAACCAUGGCUCGCUCGACGGGUUCUUCUUUUUGCGAUAUCUCAAAGUCUUGCGAAACACUUUUCUUGUCGGCAUGCUGAUCGCUUGGCCAAUCCUCUUCCCAAUCCAUAUUACUGGUGGUAACAAACUCAGCCAAUUGGAUAUCUUGACGAUUGGCAAGAUUAGUGACAGUAAGCGUAUGUUUGCGCACGUUGCUGUUGCAUACAUGUUCUUUGUUCUAAUCAGACCAGGCUUUGUUCUCUUUACUAUCACUCGAGAGUGUUUCUACUACAUUGGCAUCCGACAAGCAUAUCUUUCUUCACCCCACUACUCUAAACGGCUGUCAUCUAGGACGGUUCUCAUCACUUCGAUACCCGAUCGCUAUCUUGAUGAAGCCCGACUACGAAAGCUUUACGGCGACUCGGUAAAACGAGUCUGGAUCCCGCGAACUGCAAAGGCACUGAUCAAACUUGUGGAAGAGAGGGAGGAGACGGCGAUGCGACUGGAAAAGGCGGAGAUCACACUCAUCAAGAAGGCACAUCUAGCCAGGAAGAAGCAUUUUAACAAGAACCCAUCAUCAACAUCGUCCUCGGUCGAUCCAUAUCCCACGGAAUCGAGCUCAUCAUAUAGGAGUGACCCGAGUAGCGAACAGACCCGAUCCGACUCCCCACAGGUUGGUGUCUUGCAGAACGAAAACACACAGGACGAAAGGCAAGAGCCAGGAUUUAAAUCACAAUACCCGCAAGUAACUCAGACCGUAACCCACGACACCCACGAUCUACUCGAAAGGUCGGCCGAGGAUCCUGAAUAUGUUCAUCCAUAUGGACUCAACCCAAAUCUUCCAGACGUUCGAGGCUCUGUCGCCGCACAAUGGAUCCCUGUGAAAGCCAGACCUCAUCAUCGUCCACUUCAGAACUUUUUUCGACGCGUUGACACAAUCCGCUGGUGUCGCAUGCGAUUGAAGGACUUAAACCUUGAGAUUUACAAGCUUCGACGACAAGUUAGACGCGGCGAUGGUGAUACGUUGCCGGCUGCCUUCAUCGAGUUCGACACGCAAGAGGCUGCUCAGGCUGCGCACCAAAUUGUGGCCCAUCAUCGUCCCCUUCAACUUGCUCCUCGGCUUUUGGGUGUUAGGCCAGAUGAGGUGGUUUGGAAGGCUCUCCGGAUGCGCUGGUGGGAACGUAUCAUCCGUCGCUUUCUUAUCAUGGGUUUAGUCGCCGUCGCUAUUAUCUUCUGGUCUAUUCCAUCCGCCAUGAUCGGUAUCAUAUCCAAUAUCGACUUUCUAAGCGGAAUAUUCUUCCUGCGCUGGAUCAAGCUAUUACCCAAGCCAAUUCUCGGCUUUCUACAAGGCUUCAUCCCUGCUAUCGCUCUGUCGUUCUGGAUGUCUCUUGUCCCUGCGAUGUUGAGAUUCUGUGGUGUCCAAGCUGGAAUCCCUUCUUUAGUCCUGGUUGAGCUCUUCACACAAAACAUCUACUUUGCCUUCCAGGUGGUACAGGUCUUCUUGAUCACUACACUGACAUCAGCGGCUUCAGCUGCCGUCCUGGACAUCAUUAAAAAGCCAAUGUCGGCGCCCGAUCUCCUGGCCAGAAACCUCCCUAAAGCUUCCAACUUUUACCUUUCAUACAUUCUCGUCCAGUGCUUGGCGAUUGGCGCUACGGGUCUCUUGCAUUUGUUUGAGUUAUUCCGUCACUACAUCCUUGGAAGAGGCCUACAGACUCCUCGGACACGGUUCAAGAUUUGGUACAAUCUUCGUCCUCCCCGCUGGGGUGGAAUCUUUCCGAUCUAUACUAACAUGGCAUGCAUUGUGACAGCGUUUUGUUACACGUGUAUCGCUCCUCUCAUUCUACUUUUCGCAUGCGCCGGAAUGGCCUUUACGCGUCUCAUCUACCGUUAUAACAUCCUUUACGUGUUCGACUCGGAAAUGGACAGCAUGGGCUUGUUCUACCCCAACGCUCUUCUUCAACUUAUCGUCGGACUGUACUUGGCCGAAAUCUGCAUGAUUGGCCUUUUCGCUCUCAAGCUUGCGUUCCCGCCUAUGGUACUGAUGCUUAUCUUCCUCAUAUUUACAGGAAUUGUACACAUGUCCCUCCGAGACUCGAUAUCUCCUCUACUCCAAAAUCUGCCGCAAACAUUGACAUUGGAAGAGGAGUUGCAACAGCAGGAAAAGGCAGAGGCAGAACAGAAGCUACAAGAGGCUGCGGAAUCGGGAGAAGUAAACGGGGGUACUGCAGCCAGUUACUUUGAUGCAGAUCUCAAUUUUGGCGAAGAAGAGGUCGAAGAACCUCCGAGCGAUGACGAAGACGGCCAACAUAACGGGCCUCAAGGCUCAAGAGGUGUCGAUGGUGGAGGUGGCGUCAAGCUGAUGGUGAGAGAGUGGAUGAAGACAACCGCCAAGGCACAGGUCAAGAAAGAGAUACAACAAUCAGGGAUAAAGCGGUUUUUGGAUCGUUGGGUUCUCGCCGGCGACCCUUCGAACCCAGAUCAGCAACCGACCUUUUUACAACGCUUCCUCCACCCCGAAGUAUACGAAGACUUUAUCGCCCUACGAAAACUGAUUCCAUUCGAAGAGCCUCCCGACGUCGAUUACGCCGGUGAUGAGAAGAUGUCUAAUUACUGGCCUCCGGAACUAUGGAUGCCCAAACCUGUCUUGUGGAUUCCUCGAGACGAAGCGCGCGUUAGCCGACAAGAAGUUGCGCAUACCAGAAAGAUCACGCCUAUUACGGAUGUAGGAGUGACAUUGAAUGAGAAGGGGUUGAUCAUUGUGGAUGUUGAAGCCGCGCCGUUUCCAAGGAUGAGAUUGGUGCAUUGA